UUCUUAUCUGAAAACAAAACCAGCUGUAAGAACCUGCGAGUAAACCUAUAUAGCGUAGGUCUAGGCCUAGGCCCUGUGUUGGUUUUUUUCAUAAAAUUUUUAAGAUGAAGUCACGAUUCACGACGAUUGAUCUUAGGUCUGUUCUCUCUGAACUUGGAGAAAGAUUGAUGGGAAUGCGAGUUCUUAAUGUUUAUGAUGUUGACAACAAAACUUACUUAAUCCGACUGGCAAAGCCAGAUCAGAAAGAAGUGUUACUCUUUGAGUCAGGUAGUCGCAUCCAUUCGACAACUUUUGAAUGGCCUAAGAACAUGAUGCCCUCAAGUUUCUCAAUGAAGCUUCGGAAACAUCUGAAGUCACGACGUCUAGUUCAGAUCAAACAGCUUGGAAUGGAUCGCAUCGUGGACCUUCAGUUCGGAUCCGAUGAGGCCGCCUACCACUUGAUAAUUGAGCUUUAUGAUAGGGGAAAUGUCGUCUUAACAGAUUUUGAAUUCAACAUCUUAACAUUACUAAGGACAAGGAAAGAAGGAGAAGACGUAAGGUUUGCAGUCCGUGAGAAGUAUCCAAUUGAGACCGUAAAAAAACCACAACCACUUAUUGAAAUGGACAGGUUACAGGAGUUGAUAGGAGGUGCUAAUCCUGGUGAUGUACUAAAGAGGAUUUUGAAUCCAAACUUUGUGUAUGGUCCUGCAGUGAUUGACCACUGUCUGAGAGGUCAGGGGUUUCCAGACAAUGUGAAGAUAGGUCAAGGUGUUGAUGUCAAUGAAGACUUGCCUAAGAUUAUGGAAGCUAUCAGGGAAGCUGAAAAAAUGAUGCAAGAUGCUGGCACAGUGAAACAAAAGGGAUAUAUCAUACAAAAGAAGGAAAAUAAGCCUGCGUCGUCAGGUGGUGAAGAAGCAGUAAUAUUAACUUACUCCGAAUAUCACCCAUUUCUAUACCGGCAACAUGAGCAUUUACCCCAUAUAGUUUUCGAUACAUUUGAUCAGUCUGUAGACGAUUUCUAUUCAAAGAUAGGCAGCCAAAAACUUGACAUGAAAGCUCUGCAGCAGGAGAGAGCAGCAUUAAAAAAACUAGAGAAUGUGAAAAAAGAUCAUGACAAGAGGAUAGCACAGCUACAGUCAAACCAGGAUAUUGAUAAAAGAAAAGCAGAGUUGAUAGAAGUAAAUCUUACAUUGGUUGACCAGGCUAUUCAAAUUGUACGGAGUGCGAUUGCCAAUCAGAUUGAUUGGUCAGAGAUUCAGAAUAUUAUACAUGAGGCCCAAGUACAGGGUGAUCAAGUUGCCAUGGCGAUCAAAUCCAUCAAACUUGAUACCAACCACAUCACUAUGUCACUCCGAGAUCCGUUUGAUGUAAUUGACGAAGAUGAUGAGACAGGAGAGGGAGAACGAAAUGUUCCCUCCAGUAAACCAAUGAAGAUUGACAUUGAUCUUGGCAUAUCAGCUUAUGCAAAUGCGAGAAAAUACUUUGAUCUGAAGAAACAUUCCAAGAUGAAAGAAACGAGAACUGUGGAAUCAUCAAGUAAGGCUAUCAAGUCAGCAGAGAGAAAAACCAAACAAGCCUUGAAAGAAGUUGCAACUGUAACGAGCAUAAAGAAAGCCAGGAAGACUUAUUGGUUUGAGAAGUUCUUCUGGUUCAUCAGCUCUGAAAACUACCUUGUGAUCGCAGGACGAGACCAGCAACAGAACGAACUGGUCGUUAAGAAGUACCUAAAUCCUGGCGAUAUAUACGUCCAUGCGGAUCUUCAUGGCGCCAGCAGCGUGAUCAUUAAAAAUAUAUCAGGCCAGCCAGUUCCACCUAAGACCCUCCAAGAAGCUGGUGUGAUGGCUAUAUGCUACAGUGUUGCCUGGGAGGCUAGGGUGAUUACUAGUGCCUGGUGGGUCAGGCAUGAUCAGGUGUCAAAGACAGCACCAACAGGAGAAUACCUGACCACUGGCAGUUUCAUGAUCAGAGGCAAGAAGAACUACUUGCCACCUACACAUCUUAUGAUGGGAUUUGGUUUUAUGUUCAAGAUUGAUGAGAGUUCUGUCUUUCGGCAUAAAGAUGAAAGGAAGAUUCGAUGUGGAGAAGAUGAAGAAAGCAUUGCUACUGAAAGUGUUGGUGACGAAGAAGAGUUGAAAGCACCCUCAAUUGAUGAUGAUGGUGAUGAGGAUGAUGACGAAGAUGAAGAUGCUAGCAAAUCUAACAAGGAGGAAGGACAAGAGGGUGAGAAGACAAUUGAGGAGGAAGAAAAACUUGAAGUGAAGGAGGAAGCAAAGAAGGAGAGUAGCGAAAGUGAUGAGGAAUCAUUAUUUCCUGACACAGCAAUUCAAAUACAACAUAUCAAAGGAGACAAAUAUGAACUGCAACGCAGCAGGGGCUUAAGCAUCCUCAGCAAUAGCAGUAGUCACCAUUCCGCAGGUGUGGACGAGGAGGAAGAUGAUUUCAACAUCAUUUAUCUCGGUGAUGAUCAGCCAAUCGUUGUUGGAAAGAAAUCAGUUGAGGAGGAACAGAAAUCUAAGCAGAGGUUAUCUGCAAGACAACGAAGGGAAUUAAAAAAGAAAGCCAGUCAGCAGGAAAUUGCAGAUGAAGCGGAUGAUGUUGAACCACCAGUAAAAAAUGAACAAGUUAGUAAAACGAAAUCACAGAAGCAAACACAGCAACAAGAACCUUUGAAGAGAGGACAAAAGUCAAAACAGAAGAAGAUAAAAGCCAAAUACCAAGAUCAAGAUGAUGAAGAAAGACAGUUUAAAAUGGAAUUGCUUGCUUCAGCAGGACCUCCCAAAGAUGUCAAAGGAAAAAAGGGGAAAAAAAAACAGCAGCAGCAAAAACAAUCACAACAAAAUCAAAAACAUCAUAAGCAACUCAAGAAAGAUGAUAAUAAUGAAGGCCAACAGAUGUUGCAAGGAACAGUUAAGGAAGAGCAGAACACCGUGGAGAAUUUAACAGAGAAAGUACAAAACCUUGCAGUCGAUGAAAUAAAUGUAGAUGGAGAAGGACAAGAUGAUGUUGUGAAGCCACUGGUUAUGAAACACACCUGGAACAAGGAUACUAAAGAUGCAGAAGAUGAUGAUGAUGAGGAGGAUGAUGAAAAUAAGAAUAUUCAGGAAAGUGGGUCAAUUCUUGACAGCUUAACCUGGCAACCUCACCCAGAUGACCUGUUGCUGUUUGCUUUACCUGUUUGUGCCCCAUACUCUUGCAUGCAAAAUUUCAAAUUUAAAGUCAAACUGACACCUGGAACUGGCAAGCGAGGCAAAGCUGCAAAAACUGCUAUUCAUAUGUUUCAAUCAAGCAGAGAAGCAUCUACAAGGGAAAAGGAUCUUUUCAAAAGUGUCAAGGACACUGAUUUAUCAAGAAAUAUUCCAGGCAAAGUAAAAGUUUCAGCACCUAAUUUACAUAAACAUAAACGAUGAAAUGCAAUAUUUAACUGAAGUGUAGCAGAUUCGCCGAUAAAUAAUAACUCUUUGGCCAAAGUCUAUUUAAAAUAUAUAAUUUGAGUGACAAAUACCUGAUUCACCACUACAUGGGUGUGAUGUACCAUGUCAUCAUGUCCAUAUAUGGCCAAAUCACAAAUGAAAAUUUGAGUGUGGACUAAGAAUUUAGCACUUCAUAUUACGAAAAAGUAUUAUUCCUGCGUACAAAGCUGAGCACUCACUGCAGCUGGCGGUCAUCGGCCGACGCAAUUCUAUAGAGAACGCAACGACGUGCACACAACGGAUUGUUUUUUUAUGACGAUUCUUUCAGACUGCCACUGACAAUUGGCAGACAGCGUCAAAUAAUUCGUCGCUCACAUCACGAACUAACACAAUUAAAUUCAAUUGUGUUAGUU